AUGGGGCAUGAACAUCGUGGGACCAUUUCCCAUGGUGACAGAUGGUCAUCAAGUUCAUCUGGUAGAACAUCCUCUAUCAGUUCGACAUCCCCCGUCGUCUUGUCUCGGAUAACGGGAGACAGUUCGCUAGUCAGAAGCUCAAAGAGUGGUGCAAAAGCUAUGACAUCUAGCAGACCUUCAUCUCAGUCACCUACCUCUAGAGCAAUGGUCAGGCGGAGGAUCACAAACUGGGAGAUCUUCAGAAGCUUACAAACUCGGCUCGACCAUGCAGGAGGUAACUAUGUCAAUGAACUCUCAAGUGUCUUGUGGGCACUUCGCACGGCUCCAAAGGAGGCGACCAGCGUAACACCAUUUCAGCUGGUGUAUGGAGGAGAAGAAAUGGUUCCUAUAGAGGUUGGAGUAGAAUCUGACUGGAACUACAACAAGAGGGUGAUCCUGAGGCCCUUUCAAGUUGGUGAUCUGGUGUGGAAGAAAAUCAAGUCGAUCGGCGACAUUACCAAACUCGAGGCACCAUGGGUGGGACCUUACAAGGUCGUGCAAAAACUCCACUUGGGGGCCUAUUACUUGGAAGACAAAAAUGGGAGACGACUCAAGCGAUCAUGA